AGCGGGUCUCCUCAGGUUAUUUUGGGGAUCAGCUGUUGCUCUUCUUGUCAGCAGGACCCUCCUCUUCCUCCUCUGAUCUUCCUCUGCCUGCAGAGCUUCACCUCCUCUCCUUCGCCACCCGGAUCCUGUGACCGAGGAUGGAGACGUCAGUGGAAGCAGCCGAGCUGUUGGCGCCGUCGCCCCUGGAAACCGAGAGUUUGGACGGAGACUCCGCCUCCUCGGCGACCUUUGACCCGAUGGAGGAGUUCAGCCGGCGGCUGCAGGACAUCCUGAGGACGCACGGCUCGGCCGAACCGGUCGCUACGGACAACGAGACGGAAAAGACCCCAGAGGAGGUCAAAGGUCACAUGGAGACAGACGUGUCCCUCAUCCGGCAGCGCCUGAGCAACCUGCCGUCCGCAGAGGACCGACUGGAGGAACUGGUGCAGCAGUUCGCUGAACUGGCGGCGCUGUGGCGCGGCGAGCAACAGAAGAAGAGCGCGCUGCAUCAGAAACUCUGCCACCUGCUGGAGGAACGGCGCUGCAGCAUGGCGGCGCGCGGCCAGCUGGAGGCGCUGUGCAGAGACCUGCAGGCUCAUUACGGCGCGCUGCGGGAGGAGACGCUGCGGCGCUGCAGGGAGGACGAGGAGAAGCGGAGCGACAUCACCAACCACUUCCAGGAGACGCUGACGGAGAUCCAGGCUCAGAUCGAGCUGCACAGCGGCCGCAACGACAAGCUGCGGCAGGAGAACGCCAACCUGACCGACAAGCUGGAGGGCCUCAUGAGUCAGUACGAGCGCCGGGAGGAGAGUUUGGAGAAGAUCAACAAACAUCACGACCUGCAGCACAAACUGACGGAGGCCAAACUGCAGCAGGCCAACGCGCUGCUGGCCGAGGCUGAAGACAAACACAAACGGGAGAAAGAAUAUUUGCUUAGAGAAGCUAUUGACAAAACAAAGAAAUGCUUCGCUAUGAAGGAGCAGGAGCUGGCCAUGAAGAAGAAGCUGGCGCUCUACGCUCAGAAGUUCGACGAGUUUCAGGCAACGCUGGCCAAGAGCAAUGAGAUCUAUGUCCGCUUCAAACAGGAGAUGGACAACAUGACUGAGAAGAUGAAGAAGGUGGAGAAGGAGGCAAACCUUUGGAAGACCAGGUUUGAGAACUGCAACAAGACGCUGAUCGACAUGAUUGAGGAGAGAACAGAGAAAGGCAGAGAGUACGACCUGUUUGUCCUGAAGAUCCAGAAGCUGGAGAAGCUCUGCCGUGCUCUGCAGGAGGAGAGGAAAGGGCUCUAUGACAAGAUCCGAGAGGUCCGCCAGUCCAGCGCCGGCCUCCCGUCCAAACUAGCCAACUUCACAGAGAACGCUGGAGUUCCUGAAGACGCUGCCAUGCCGGACCUGGAGGGGCUCCAGGAGCUCCAGCAGGACGACCCGGUUCUGACGGAGAACAUCGUCCGGCUGCGGCAGGAGCAGGCCAAGCUGCAGGAGUUCGCCGCCGCCCUGCUGGCCGCGCCGGGCGAUAACGAGGAGCAGGACGAGAAAAAGGAGCUGGGCGACGAAGACGAUAUCAUCGUCUCCGCCAUCGCUCAGUUCCAAACCAGAACCAACAUCAAGGAAGGUCUGGCUUCAGCGCCUGGUCAGGUAGAAGGCAGAGAAGAGAAGGCUGAAGAUCCACCUGUGGUUCUGCUGAAGGGUCAAGAACCACAGGGAACCAGGUCAGAACCAACCGACCCGGUGGCGCCUCCAGAGGUGGAGCAGAGUCCGACACAAGUCAGAGAGGAUGUCCAACAGUCAGCAACCUCAGAACCAGGCAAGGGAGAUCCAGAACCAGGCAGGGCGGAUCCAGAACCAGCCAGGGCAGAUCCAGAACCAGCCAAGGGAGAUCCAGAACCAGGCAGGGCGGAUCCAGAACCAGCCAGGGCAGAUCCAGAACCAGCUAAGGGAGAUCCAGAACCAGGCAGGGCGGAUCCAGAACCAGGCAGGGCGGAUCCAGAACCAGCCAAGGGAGAUCCAAAACCAGGCAGGGCGGAUCCAGAACCAGCCAGGGCAGAUCCAGAACCAGGCAGGGAGGAUCCAGAACCAGGCAGGGCGGAUCCAGAACCAGGCAGGGUGGAUCCAGAACCAGAAGCUUUAGAAACAGAACAUCUGAAGGAGACCAGUUUUUUGAAACCAGUCCUCCCAGUGGAAGAGAUUCUGGUCCAGCAGUUGCCCAGUGGGCCAGAACCAGGAGAGUCCAGUAAACCGUCUGAUGGGUCAACCAAAGCAGCCGGCGGGAAGCAAAUCCCCAAGAAGAAGAAGAAGAGGAACAGCAAGAGCACCAGCUGAACCUCCAGCUGUGUGUGUGUGUGUGUGUGUGUGUGUGUGUGUGUGCGUUUGUUUCUAAUACCUUGUGGGGACCAUUUUCCUGACACUACGUUGUGGGGACUGAAGCCUGGGCCCCAUAAGGGGAAUCCUGUUUAUGGGUCAGGGGUCAGAUUUAGGACUAAGGUGUGAAUUGAGUUUUGGUUGGUUAGCGUUAGGUAUGUAACGGUUACGGUAAGGAUAAGGAUAAGGAUUAGGCGGUAGAAAUGAAUGGAAGUCAAUGGAAAGUCCCUACAAAGAUAUUCAUGCAAACAUGUGUGUGUGUGUGUUUGUAAAGGUCAGCUGUCCAAAUGAAGAUGUAGCUUGACAGGCUGGAGGAGAUGCCUCACUAACUUCUACAUUUACUGCACGUUUAGUGAAUCUAAAACCAGAGUUGGUAUCCAUGGCAACCACAAUCAAUAAAGUGAUUUUUUUUUUUUACAAA